CUCUCUGCCGGCGCUUCCACACUUUUCUCUCCCUCUGCUCUCUUUACAACGCUCAAGGCGAUUGGAAAGGCAGCCGCUCCGCGGGCUGGCUGUUUUGUUUCUCCAAAGUGUUUGCAGGAGUCGCGGAUGCUUGAGCGGGCUCCCAGGGCCUGUGUGCGUGUCUGUGUGCAUGGGUGUGAUUUGCGUGUGUGUGUGUGUGUCUGUUUUGGCCCAUCUGGACACAGGAAAUGUCUUUGGAAAACUUUAAAAAAAUGUUUUUGUGUGGCUUUGAAAUCUGAUUCCUUGUUGUCACAAGUGGACAAACAUAGCUGGUACCCCCCAAAUGGACAACUUUGUGGUGGUGGCUUUUCCCGGUUCAGCUUGUCUUUCUUCGCGGAUUUAACUCUUCACAGGCCCCCAGCUCCCACUCGCAAGCCUGGCCUCGGGCUAGCAGGCAGGGAAGGGAGUGGGACGUUCUUGCUCUCAGCGGCACUGGGACCUUGGGCGACAGAAGGAGCAUCCCAGCAAAGGGGUCCUGACUCUGGGGACCUCAGCACCUGCGGGUGCUGCCCACGCUCCUGCAGUGGCCCUGACAUCGCCAGGCGAUGGGACUUUGACUUAACCGAGGAAGGAAGGAACCUGGUCUGGAGGCAGUUCAUGAUGAGGACCUAGGGCAUCUGCCCGCUGACUGUCCCCCUGGCCUGCAGUGACCAUGGCCCCCCGCAAGAGGAGCCGCCAUGGCCUGGGCUUCCUGUGCUGCUUCGGGGGCAGCGACCUCCCUGAGAUCAACCUGCGGGACAACCACCCUCUGCAGUACAUGGAGUUCUCCAGUCCUAUCCCGAACCCGGAGGAGCUCAACGUCCGCUUCGCAGAGCUGGUGGAUGAGUUGGAUCUCACCGACAAAAACCGGGAGGCUGUGUUUGCGCUGCCCCCCGAGAAGAAAUGGCAGAUCUACUGCAGCAAGAAGAAGGAGCAGGAGGACCCCAACAAGCUGGCGACGAGCUGGCCUGACUAUUACAUUGACCGCAUCAACUCCAUGGCUGCGAUGCAGAGUCUGUACGCAUUUGACGAGGAGGAGACAGAGAUGAGGAACCAAAUCGUAGAAGACCUGAAGACAGCUCUUCGGACGCAGCCCAUGAGGUUUGUGACUCGCUUCAUCGAGCUGGAGGGCUUGACCUGUCUGCUCAAUUUCCUCCGGAGCAUGGACCAUGCCACCUGCGAGAGCCGCAUCCACACUUCCCUCAUCGGCUGCAUCAAGGCUCUGAUGAACAACUCCCAAGGGCGGGCGCAUGUGCUGGCACAGCCUGAGGCCAUCAGCACCAUUGCCCAGAGCCUGCGAACUGAAAACAGCAAGACCAAGGUGGCUGUGCUGGAGAUCCUGGGUGCCGUGUGCCUUGUGCCCGGUGGCCACAAGAAGGUGCUACAGGCCAUGCUACACUACCAGGUGUAUGCAGCCGAGAGGACGCGCUUCCAGACACUGCUGAAUGAGCUAGACCGAAGUCUGGGCCGAUACCGGGAUGAAGUGAAUCUGAAAACAGCCAUCAUGUCCUUUAUCAAUGCUGUCCUCAAUGCUGGAGCUGGAGAGGAUAAUCUGGAGUUCCGCCUACAUCUACGGUACGAGUUCUUGAUGCUGGGGAUACAGCCUGUGAUUGACAAACUGCGGCAGCACGAGAAUGCCAUCCUGGACAAGCAUUUAGACUUCUUCGAGAUGGUCCGGAAUGAGGAUGACCUGGAGCUAGCCAGGAGAUUUGACAUGGUCCACAUCGACACCAAGAGUGCUUCCCAGAUGUUCGAGCUGAUCCACAAGAAGCUGAAGCACACAGAGGCCUACCCCUGCCUGCUGUCUGUCCUGCACCACUGCCUGCAGAUGCCCUACAAGCGGAAUGGUGGCUACUUCCAGCAGUGGCAGCUCCUGGACCGCAUCCUCCAGCAGAUUGUCCUCCAGGAUGAGAGGGGCGUGGACCCUGACCUUGCUCCCUUGGAGAACUUCAAUGUCAAGAACAUUGUCAACAUGCUCAUCAAUGAGAAUGAAGUGAAACAGUGGCGAGACCAGGCAGAGAAGUUCCGGAAAGAACACACAGAGCUGGUGAGCAGGCUGGAGAGGAAAGAGCGAGAAUGUGAGACCAAGACGUUGGAGAAGGAAGAGAUGAUGCGGACGCUGAAUAAGAUGAAGGACAAGUUGGCCCGAGAGUCCCAGGAGCUGCGCCAGGCUCGGGGACAAGUAGCAGAGCUGGUAGCCCAACUCAGUGAAAUCUCGACAGGACCUGUAUCUUCCCCACCUCCUCCUGGGGGCCCACUUACCUUGUCUUCCUCGAUGACAACCAACGACCUGCCUCCACCCCCGCCCCCUCUACCAUUUGUCUGCUGCCCCCCACCGCCACCACCACCCCUUCCACCCGGGGGGCCUCCCACUCCCCCUGGUGCCCCACCUUGCUUCAGCAUGGGCCUCCCUCUCCCUCCAGACCCCUUCCCCAGCAGUGAAACCCCACUCAGGAAGAAGUGUGUCCCCCAGCCUUCCCACCCACUGAAGUCCUUCAACUGGGUCAAGCUGAAUGAGGAACGUGUCCCUGGCACCGUCUGGAAUGAGAUUGAUGACAUGCAGGUAUUUCGGAUUCUGGACCUAGAGGACUUUGAAAAAAUGUUCUCAGCCUAUCAGAGGCACCAGGAGCUGAUAACUAAUCCUUCUCAGCAGAAGGAAUUGGGCUCCACCGAGGACAUCUACCUGGCCUCCCGCAAAGUCAAAGAGCUGUCGGUCAUUGACGGCCGGAGGGCCCAGAACUGUAUCAUCCUUCUCUCCAAGUUGAAGCUUUCUAACGAGGAGAUCCGGCAGGCCAUCUUGAAGAUGGAUGAGCAGGAGGACCUCGCCAAGGACAUGCUGGAGCAGCUCCUCAAGUUCAUCCCGGAGAAGAGUGACAUUGACCUCCUCGAGGAGCACAAGCAUGAGAUUGAGCGGAUGGCCCGCGCUGACCGCUUCCUCUAUGACAUGAGCAGGAUCGACCACUACCAGCAGCGACUGCAGGCCCUCUUCUUCAAGAAGAAGUUCCAGGAGCGGCUGGCUGAGGCCAAGCCCAAAGUGGAAGCCAUCCUGCUGGCCUCCCGGGAGCUGGUCCGCAGCAAGCGUCUAACGCAGAUGCUAGAGGUUGUCCUGGCCAUUGGCAACUUCAUGAACAAAGGGCAGCGUGGGGGCGCCUACGGGUUCCGGGUGGCCAGCCUCAACAAGAUCGCCGACACCAAGUCCAGCAUUGACAGAAACAUCUCUCUGCUCCAUUAUCUGAUCAUGAUCCUGGAGAAGCAUUUCCCUGACAUCCUGAACAUGCCCUCUGAGCUGCAGCACCUUCCAGAAGCCGCCAAAGUCAACCUGGCGGAGCUGGAGAAGGAGGUGGGCAACCUCAGGAGGGGCCUCAGAGCAGUCGAGGUGGAGCUGGAAUAUCAGAAACGCCAGAUGCGGGAUCCGAAUGACAAGUUUGUCCCCGUCAUGAGUGACUUCAUCACAGUCUCCAGCUUUAGCUUCUCAGAGCUGGAGGACCAGCUCAGUGAGGCCAGGGACAAGUUCUCCAAGGCCCUGAUGCACUUUGGGGAGCACGACAGCAAGAUGCAGCCAGAUGAGUUCUUUGGCAUCUUUGACACCUUCCUGCAGGCCUUCUCGGAGGCCCGGCAGGACCUGGAGGCCAUGCGGAGGAAAAAGGAAGAGGAGGAGCGGCGGGCGCGCAUGGAAGCCAUGCUGAAGGAGCAGAGGGAGCGGGAACGGUGGCAGCGGCAGCGGAAGGUCCACGCCGGCAGCACGCUGGAGGAGGGAGGCGAGUUCGACGACCUGGUGUCGGCCCUGCGCUCAGGGGAGGUUUUUGACAAGGACUUAUGCAAGCUGAAGCGCAGCCGCAAGCGAUCGGGGAGCCAGGCAUUGGAGGUCACCCGGGAGAGGGCAAUCAACAGGCUGAAUCAUUGACCUGGGGCCUGGCCACCGUGGGAGGCGGGGAGACAGGGAUGGACCGAGAGGGGCUGAGGGGAGGAGGCCAUGAUGCUAAACAACUUGGUGCUCGGUUCCUGGCCCUGGGCUGGGUCCCAGGGGCGGGCUGUGUGGCAGGACCAGGUCUCCCCACACUUACCUGAAAGGGCUCCCCUCCUCUCUUCUUCCCAUUGUUCUUUCUGCAUCGGGGCCUUCAGGGGUCACUCUGAGGCUGCCUUGGACAUCCCUGGCCAGCCUGCCUGCAGGGGCCCUGCUCCCCGUCCCCAAGCAUGGGCACCCACGCUGGCACAGAAUUGUUCCAGAGCUAGACUAGAGUGGUCCACGGACCUUGUCCGGAUUUCAUGUGCAGUGGGAGUAACAGUGGGGUGAGCCCCCUGAGAGCCAGGUUGAGAAUCCAGGCUCCCAUCCCUCAAGAGGUGGCUUAAUGGAACAUUGAUCUGGGGGCAAACUUUCCUCUUGGAUGGAAAAGGAAGAGGCAUUAUGUAUUCUAGCUAGGAAUGUCCCAGAAAAACUAAAACAUGCUGGGAGGAUGAUGCAGGGACCAAGUCAUCAGGACAGAGUGGCAGUGCCCGUUUCCUUCAUCACAAGUCCGUUGGCCCCACCUCUUGCAUGUCCUAAGCCUCCCUCCCUCCCUUUCCUGUGCCACCUCCAUCCAUCUACUAAUCCAGAAGCCCAGAAAACUCACCUUUGGGUUCACAUGAGCAUGGCUUACUAUCAGGUACUUGAUGAAUCUGGUAAGGGAAGGGGUUCAAAAAAGACCCCACUCAACACACCUCACGCCUUGGGCAUAGGGACCCUGGAACAAAACUCUCUCACCUCCCCAGUACAGCCAGACCACUGUCUUGAAGUGAGACAGUGACCUCACAUGUUGGCUAGGGGUUCCCCACAGCCCCUCACCAGAGGGCAGCACUGGAACACCCAGGUGCACACUAGGGCUUCCUGGUCCAACACUUAAUGUUACUCAGACCCCAAACUCUUUCUCUGAUAUCUGCCUCAAGAGUAGAAGCCACAGUGACCUCCCGUUCUGUCCAGGCUGCAGGAGACCACAUCAAACUAUGUGUAUCUGGCUGAGGCUGGCCCUGGGGCAUCGGGUCCUGAGAGGGUCCUAAGGGACAGAGCUGCCCUCUGCAUUUAAAUGCCAUCUCUGAGGGUGUCUCCUCCUCUGAGGCAUUCAGACUAGGGCCAGUGCAGGCAGGGGAGGCUGGGAAUGCACUCCUGAAGGAGCCAAGGGGGGAAGGUUGAAAGGGGGCUUCAGCCCCCCAUCUCUGGUACCCAAUUUCGUUCUUCAGCCUGACUUCCAAGGGGCCCAUUCUGGUCCUCCUGUCCAUUCCCACCUUCCAUUCUGUCCGUCUUGAGCUGUCCUGGGCGGGUGGGGGUAGGGAGAGCAAUGGGGCCGGUAAUGGCUGUGUCUAAAAGUUUUCUGUCUUCUAAAAGAAGGGAGGUGAGGUCAACUCCAUCAAGUCUUAUUUUCAAAACAUUUCCUCCCACUAGAAUUGACCUUCCAUCCUCUGUGUCUGUGAGACCAGCCUCAACCUUGCUCCUUGCCCUUCCAUCCUCCUACCCUUUCCUUUAUGCUUCUCACCUUCCAAGCUACUUCUCCAGCUCAGGGUUUUUGCCAGUGGAGAGACUGGUGGGCUGGGCCAACUCUUCAGCUGCCUAUCUUUUUCCUGCAUCAGAUUCCUAGGGGUGGGACCAUAGUAGCUGCAGGGGAAGAAACACAGGGUUGGUGAGCCCAGCACGUGUGUUGGUUUGAGGGGGAGGGAUCUGAGCAAAUGCAAGCCUGGCCAAGACAGGUGUGAAGAGGCCAUCCUGGAGUCCAGGUGAGGGCAAGAUGAAGGCUUCCAGGAAGAGCAACUGCAGAGAGCUGUGUUACACCCAUCUGAACACCCAAGAGCCCUCGCCACAGGACGCUGGCAUUGGGAUGAUGGAAAGGUUGUGGGUGGGGUCUCUGAAGGCUGGCCGGACUGAGGUCAACCUUAAUCCACAGGGGAGGGCUCCACUUCUACCCAACAGGCACGUCCAAAUCCUGGCAUUCCCACCCACCAUGCAUGACUGGAUGCGCACCAGGAAAGACAGAAUACGGAAGCUGUUCAAGAUGCAUUGGAUCCGCAGAAAAGCAGUUUGGUUUAACUGUUUACAGAGGACACAUAUAUUGUUCCUGGGCUCAGGCUUCUCACCCUCAAAGAGUUUUCCUUUUCUAUUUAUUAUUUUCUAGAUCUGGCUGGUGGCUCUGGCACCAGACGCCUUGUAGCCAGAUCUCCAACAGUGCCUUGCACCAUGGACCAUCAAGGCUGACUCCGCAAUGGCUGAGUUGGUCCUUGACGUGCUAGCUGUUUACGCCUGUUGUAUCUGUUCCUUGGUCUUUCCCCAGUACCCUUCUCACCCCUCCUGCCACCUUCAGGUGAAUUCCUCCAGCUGUCUAACUUUGUGUCCAAUGUAGAAUUCAGUUAACUAUUGUAACCUGUCCCCUUCUCAGCUGCAGCGCCCACUCCUCCUCCCCCGUGAUGGAAGGAAGGCAUGUUUAAGGCAGCGGGAGAAAAUUCUCCAGGUAGAUGGGGAAGGGUCUGGUCCAGGCUCUCCCCAUCCCCACCCCAUUUCCACCAACUGGGGAGCAGUGACCAUCUCCCCUCACCUCCACCCAGGGCCAUCUUCAUACCAAGGCUGCUCUCACCAGCUGUCUCAGACCACAGAUGAGGCUAAUGUACAAAAUCUGCAGCGUCCUUUUUACCUGCACCUUUUUUAUAAGAAUAUAUUGUAAUACUAAAAAAUAUUAAAUCCAUACCAUCCCCAUCCA